AUGAAUAAAACCAAAAUACACCUAUGGUUACUGACCAGCCGUUCUGCUGAUUUAAUGGAGGAGGGGGAGGCAGAUGACUCUGAGUAUGAUGAUACUGAUGAUAUAAAGAGUCUCUUGGAAUCCGGAAAUUCCGGAGCCAAAACUGAUCUACUUGAUGAUCAGCAGAGUGGUUCAGUGUUAGAAGAAAUGGACGCUCUCUUACAGGAUGAUGAUGAUGUUGGGUCAGCAAUUUCUGAAAAACUGGCCAAUAUUACUAACAAAGCAUUUUCUAAGCAGCAUUCUAUUGAUGCUGUUAAGAAAAAGAAAGAGUCUCACAAGAGACCAAAGAAUUGUGACAAAGUUAUUGUUCCUAAAGUAAACAAAGAAAUUUGGCGUCAAAUGCUCAAACAAGCUUUCACUAAAAAGCGUGACCUAAGAUUGAUGAAUGUUCAGAGUUUGAUCACAAAGUCAACUUGUGCAGUAGUUAGUGUAGCAAACAAGUUGUUGAAUUUGGAUGGCCAGAAGCAUGAUGCAGAAAUAAGAAAUUGUCUUGAUGCGAUUUACUUAUUAGGCCAUGCAAAUACCACAAUGUCUAUGCAGCGUAGAGAUUUAUUAAGACCAGUGCUAAAAAGUGAUUAUGCUGCAUAAUGUGACAGCAAUAUCCAAGUUACAUCUUUGCUUUUCGGAGAAGACCCUCCUAAGUCUUUGAAGGAGACCCGUCAAGUAGGCAAUGUUGGAAGGAAUUAUUCAAAAAACGGGAAAAGAUUUGGGUUCAGUCAGAGAAACAAGAACGAUUUUUCUUGGAAAAAGAAGAACCAAAGCCAGCAGAAAAGAUUCAAAAAAGAUCAGUAACAGAAACCCUGACUGAGGUAAAACUUCAAUCUACUACAUCUGACGAAUAUGCAAGUUUUAUAGAAAAAACUAUUUUGAAUGCUAAAAAAGACAUAUUACAAUUUGAAGGUGGCAGAAUCAUGCAUUUUUUAGAUAAAUGGACUGAGCUCACUUCAGAUCCAGAAAUAUUGGGCAUUGUGAAGGGUAUUGAACUUGAGUUUAUUAGUAACCCAGUUCAGUACAUUAAUGCAGUUCAUCAAUGCAAUUUUAAUAUGAUGUAGAGAAAAGCAAUUGAUGAAGAAAUACAAAAGUUACUUGAUAAAAAAGUAAUUGUAGAGAGUGAAGUGGAGA